UGGCAGACCUUGCGGUGACCACAAGCAGAACCAGUCCAGGGCACAUUCGCCCGCCCACAGAUGAAGCUGCGGCCGCGCUUCAAGGCGCACGAGCUGCAGGUCCUCGGACCUCAGCCGCGGCCGUUUUGGGCACGCUGGCGCCAGGCGUUUGUGGGGAAAGCGUUCGGACAGCUGGGCCUGCCGAGUGGCGAUGCCAACUUGGUAGCACGGUGCCUGGUGGAGGCAGACCUGCGUGGCCAAGCUGGCCACGGAAUCCAGCGGCUGCCAAUGUAUGCGGGCCGCAUUCGGGCUGGUGUUGUCAAGCCGAGGUCCUCGUGCAGCGUGCACGGCGACGACGGCAUGGGGUUCGUGGUGGCCACCAGGGCCAUGGACGAGGCGAUCCAGAUUGCCAGAGACCAAGGAGUUGGCCUGGCCGGUGUUCGGCGAUCCACGCAUUUCGGCUGCUCCUCGCAUUACGUCAUGCAGGCCUUGGAAGCUGACAUGCUGAGCUUCGUUUUCACCAACUCCUCCCCGGCGCUGCCACCUUUUGGAGGUGCCAGGGCGCUGCUGGGUGCCAGUCCCUUUGCCGCCGGGGUGCCUGGCACGCAGCCUGUGGUGCUGGACAUGUCCACCACGGUCAUCGCGCGGGGGAAACUGCGGCUCAUGUCGCAGCGCGGCGAAGAGAUCCCCGAAGGCGUGGGCCUGGACAAAGAAGGCCGCCCCACUCGGGAUGGAAUGGAGGCCUUUCAUGGCGUCACGCUGCCCUUUGGCGGCGCCAAGGGCGCCGCCAUCUCGCUGCUGAUGGACCUGCUGAGUGGCCUCUUCACCGGCGCGGCUUUUGGCGGCCGGGUGCGGUCUCUCUACAACGACACUGAUGGAGCUCAGGACGUGGGGCAUUUCCUCCUUUGCAUGCGGCCAGACCUGUUCUUGCCCUCCACAGAGGCCUUCAAGGAGCGCAUGGAUGAGAUGGCGGCCAUCCUGAAGAGUCAACCCUGCGCCGAGGGUGUGGAGGAGGUCCUUUUGCCUGGCGAGCCGGAGACGCGCUCCGAGCGCCAGCUGCGCGUGGAGGGCGUGCCGCUUCAGGAGGAUGUGGUCGCCUCUCUGCGUGAGGAGGGCUCGAAGCUGGGCCUUGAGUUUCCGGCACCACUUUGAUGUACAAAGCUUGGCGCACCUGUGCGGAGCAAGGACAAAGUGCCUUUUCCCUCAGCGG